UGCUCUGCUCAUCCGGCUGCUCCGUCUCUCCAUGCUGCGCUCGGGCUCUCCGCGUCCACAGGAUCCUCAUCCCGCACCUCUCCCACAAAGACACUGGUGUUUGUUGAUGUUUCUUUGCAGCCAAUCGCUGCGCCGUUGCCCUUGGUGACGACGUCCAUCAUCCUCUCGUGUCCAAUCAUCGGUGGGAGGCGGAGCAGGGUCCAGGUGCGCCUCAGCGUUCUCCUGGCAGAGCGCCUGGGAGCCGCCUGUGGGCAGGAGAGGAUCUGUCAAAUGCGAGGUUCAUUUAAUAAGAGCGACCAGUCCGGCUCCGAGAGUCAUGGCGACCGCAGCGUCUAACCACUACAACAUCCUCACCUCCAGCGCAUCCAUCGUGCACUCGGAGCCUGGCAACAUGCAGCAAGCCACGGCGUACCGGGACGCGCAGAGCCUGUUGCAGGGCGACUACCCGCUGCAGAGCAACAGCCACACGCUGAGCCACGCGCACCAGUGGAUCACGGCGCUGUCCCAUGGAGAGGGCGCACCGUGGUCCUCCAGCCCGCUCGGCGCGGAGCAGGACAUCAAGCCCGCUGUGCAGGCAGCGCGGGACGAAAUGCACAACUCCAGCAGCAACUUACAGCACCAGGCGCGGGCGCAGCACCUUGUGCACCAGACGCACGGGAACCACCACGACAGCCGGGCGUGGAGAACCACAACCGCGGCGCACAUACAGACUAUGGCGACGACCAACGGCCAGAGCCUUAUUUACUCCCAACCGGGCUUUGGCGUCAACGGGCUGAUCCCGAGCAGCGCGCACGGCAUGCACCACCACAACCUUAGAGACAGCCACGACGAGCACCACAGCCCGCACCUCAGCGACCACGGCCACCCUCAGUCCCAGCAUCAGCACCAGCACCGGCCGCAGAGUCACCACGACCACUCGGACGAGGAUACGCCGACCUCGGACGACCUGGAACAGUUCGCCAAGCAGUUUAAGCAGAGGAGGAUCAAGCUGGGCUUCACGCAGGCGGACGUGGGACUCGCCCUGGGGACCCUGUACGGAAAUGUCUUUUCCCAAACCACAAUAUGCAGGUUUGAGGCCCUGCAGCUCAGCUUCAAAAACAUGUGCAAGCUGAAGCCUCUGUUGAACAAGUGGCUGGAAGAGGCGGACUCCACCUCGGGCAGCCCCACCAGCCUAGACAAAAUCGCCGCGCAGGGGAGAAAAAGGAAAAAACGGACCUCCAUCGAGGUGAGCGUAAAGGGAGCUUUGGAGAGCCAUUUUUUGAAGUGCCCUAAGCCGGCAGCGUCGGAAAUAAUCAACCUGGCGGACAGUCUGCACCUGGAGAAAGAAGUGGUGAGGGUUUGGUUUUGUAACAGGAGACAGAAGGAGAAACGCAUGACACCUCCUGGAGGAGCGCUGCCGGGGAGCGAGGAUGUGUACGGGGACACGCCGCCGCACCACGGGGUCCAGACCCCGGUCCAGUGAACUCCAUUGAGCCUGGACCGCUCCUCCAGGACUUGUUUAUCCAUUUUUUAUUAUUUAUCCCUAAGGUUAUAUAUAAAUCACUGGACUAUGAAACAAUAUAGUGGGUGUUUUAUGUAUACUAGAUUGCAGUGAGUAUUUACACAAUAUCUGCAGUGAAUUCCGUGGGAAACAGAGUGAAGGAGAGGACAGGACAUUUGUUUUCCCCCCUCUCCUCUUCAAGGAACACAAGCCGAGGAUACAAGCCCAGCACUGUGACUACACUCGACGCAGUUUCCAGGUGUAGCCCCCCAUCGUGUAUUGAAAUGACAAAAACAACAAAAGAGAGAGAGAAAGGAGAGGAUGGCAUGGUGAAUGGUUUCCAUUUUAAAGCCUAAAAAAUAAUUAAAUCUCCUACAUUUUCCUGUGCGUAAAAGGAGGAAAGGCAAGACAGAGGCGUUUUUUAGUUGUUUGUUUACGGUCCAUAAUGGUGCGUCCAGCAGUGGGUGGAUGGAUGGUGGGUGGAUGGAUGGAAGGCGCAGUGGGGGGUCAAAGGAGCUGUGUUAAUGGAGUAAACUGGGGGCCAGUGAAGGAAAGUAAAAGGCUGCAGCCCACAGUCCAGUGGAGUCCAGCUGAGGCUGAGCAUCGUCCCGAGUCCCAUCUGUCAGGCAAGCAGCAGAGAGACGCUGCUGUGAAGCUGCAGGCCAUCAGCUCUUAUUUAUAACUGCGAUUAGUAUUAUUAUUGUUAUUGUUAUUAUUAUUAUUAUCAUUGCUAUUAUUAUUAUUAUUACAAAAUAACUCCUUAAUAAAUGGCCUAACUGCAGCUUCGACCUCUGCCCUUGAGCCAAAUAAUGAAAAACCUUAAAAUUCAAUGGAAAACUGACAAACGAUUAAAAAAAAACCCCAAGAAAUUCAAAUGUUCCUUUAACCGACUGAUUGGAUCAUAUAAAUUGCACUUUUUACCCCUCCCACUCCCCCCAAAAAGAAUGGGCUACACACGAAUGAAAUAAAUAUCUACAGAGAUUAUAUAUGUCAGUUAAACUCUCUCAGAACAUUUGGGAUCCACUUUUGUAAAUAUUGUAUAACUUUUGAAAGUCAUGGCUUCAUGAUCCCCCCCGUUUUUCUUUCUUUUCUCUAACUCGUUAUUUUGUCGUUACUUCACUGGGGCACUUUUUUGAAUUUGAUGUUUUCAAAAGCCAGCAUUUUUAUUUUCUAAAUCUUCUUUUCAUUCACAGCCUUCCUGCUGCCUUGUGUUUGUUGUUGCUAUUUAACGUUUCUCUCAAUGUGAUGUCGAAAAUGACGCUCGUUUCACGGAUUGAUUUCCACACGUAUUUUUUUCAAUUUCAAAUAAUGUUUCUCUUCCGUAUAUUUUCAGUCCGCUGUGAAAUUACAUCAGAUUGUGUUUCCCAUUAUGUAACAUUAAAUAUGCUUUAACGGCUGAACUCAGAUGAAUUGAUAACGUAAACGAUGGAGCACAAGUCAGUCGAAAACAAGUCAGUAUUAU